AUGGCGAGCGAGGGCUGUGCUUGGCUGGACAUCGAGGAGCUUCUACAAGAUGCGGCAGAUGCCCUGGAGGAGGGUGAGCUUCUGCAUGAUGACCACUUCAGCCUCUAUGAAGCGAUGAGUGCUGUGGAGAUUGGCGAUCCCAAAUUGGAUGCGGGCAUGUGCACCAAUCCUGAGCCCAGGGCCGCACCAGAGGUCGUGCCUGCAACCAGUCUUAGCUCAUCGGAUGCACUGGCAGUGGCAGAUCGCCUUUUUGCUGCAGAGGCCACGUGGCAUCAGGGCAACAACCUCCCACAGACCGUCUUCACCUGCAUGUACAUCUUGCAGCCAAGAAGUGCUGAAGGGCACAUAGCGCUGGAGGCUCUCUGCAAGGCCACUCAUGCCACAUGCAUAGCAGUGCGGGACCUGGUCUUGGCCGGCAAUGUGUGCGAAGACGAGGAUUUUGUGCUGCACACAUUUGGAAUGCACAUGGAGAUGGGGCUGAGGGAUGCAGAUGUGUCAGCGCUGGCAGCUCUGGCACUGGCUGAAGAGGCCCUGGAAGCCUUGCAACAGCAAAGCAAGGGGAAAGGCUCAGCCGGCGCAGCUGCAGGGCAGGGGAUCUCUCAGGAACACAUAGCUGCAUUCCUUGCACGAGUGCGCUUCAGGAAAGCCCUUCUGAAGGGGCUGCAGCGGGUGCAGAAGGGCACAAAGCAGGACCAGGACUUUGCGCGGAAGCAGUUUGCAGCGGCGCUGCAGGAGCUGGAGCGCAUGAGGGACAGCGCUCACCCGCGACCCCAGGACGCUGUGGGCUUCUGCCCGGACGUGAACCGGCGCCUGAUGGCGCCCGUACCCCCCAGAAACAUCACAUUCCUGACCAGUCAGCAGAGUUGGGACCACUACGCCAGCCUGCUGCAGCACCUGCUGCUGGUGGGCAACAUUGUCAAGGUGGGCAGCUAUGAGGAGCUGAAGGCGUUUCUGAUGGACUUCUCGGGGCGUUCCUGCGGCGCCAUCCCCCGCUCGGCGCUGCACCUGGCCGUCAGCGGCAAGACCACGCGGCUGGGCGAGCCGACAGGCCCCUGGCUGCCGCGCAAGCCCAUGCUGUGCUCUGCCCUGCGCAUGCCCUCCUCCACGUUGCCCAGCGGAGAUUCCGCACUCUUUGUCGACCAGGCCUGCCUCGCUGUGGCAGGGUGGUGCCAGGACAUGUGCCUGAACCGGGCGCGGCAGCGGCGGCGGCACCGGCGAACAAUAGAGGACUGGGCGCACUUGCACGACCACGCGGCCAACGCCGACAUGUCGCCUGAGUUCCAGGGCCCGUGUGGGUGCUGGGUGGAGAAGGAGUGUGCCAGCAUGCUGCUGCAGCACCUGCAGCUGGGCUUUGAAUUGGACGUGUACGCGCCCGAGGAAUACUGCAUGCUCUUCUGGUACUGUGACUUCUUGCACGGGGUGAUCGAGGUCAAUGCACGGGAUCUGCUGAAGGCAAUGCCGCCUCCCAGCGCCAAACUCCCAAACACACCAAAUAGCAAAGCUGCAAAGAAGAAGCCGGUGGCUGGCAAGAAGAACAGCCCACCAGAAGGGGCUUCAUGUGAGCAGGCCCUCCAGGCAGAGGCGCAGCAGGCGGGCGUGGAGCGGUUGCUGUGCCAGGCGCAGAUGCGCAUGACGGCCGCACUGUCAGCGGGGGGCCAGCUGCGGCCCUUCCCCGCGCCCUUCAACAGCGAGUCCCAGCGCUUUGAGCAGCGCUUUGGCUUCCUGCAUCGCCUGCAGCGGCCGGAGCCGCUCGCGUUCGACCAGUACGAGCGCUCCGUCGACAUCUCCACCUGCACCCCGGAGAGCAUCCUGCAGUCGGCGUUUGAUGGCUUCCGCGAGGCUCGGCGCGUGGUGGCAAUGCUGCUGCAGCUGCUUGGGCCGGUUGAGGACGCGCGCUCAGAGCAGCUGCAGGCACUGCUGCGCAUCUCCUCACAAAACAUGGUCGCUGUCAAGGUGCUGUAUGACGCUACAAAGGCCAGGGCGAAAGAAAAUGGCACAGUCCCAGUUACUUCGGGUGCAGAAGCAGAUGGCGGGCAGAUGUCCAAAAGUGUGAGCAGCCCGGCUUCAGCCCAGGACCAGCCUGGAAGUGAAGGGUCCGCAAACCAAGCGGAAGACAGCGAAGCCAAAAAAGGGGUGAAGAAGGGCUCAGAAGUGUGGAGCGUGCAAUUUGAUUUCAGCCACCACCCUUACUACCCGGUCCUGCGACUGAAACAUGCCUCGGCACCAAAGAAGUGA